AUGGCUUUAGGGUUUUGUGUUGGAUUGGGACAUGGUCAUGGUCAUGGUUAUGGUUAUGGUUCUGGUUCGGGUUCGGGUUCUGGUUUCGGUCGGGUUCAUGAUGAGNCGGGUUCGGGUUCUGGUUUCGGUCGGGUUCAUGAUGAGGACGGAAGAGAUGUAAAGGAUGAAGAUGAGGAUGAUGAUGAAAAAACUAUUCCCGGUUCUGGGUACGGUUUGGAUCCGCCGGUUCAGCUGGAUCUUCUUCCUUUGUCUCCGGUUCCUCGUUCUUCUCAUCAAUCUUCUUCAACCCUUCCAUUUUCAUGCCUUUCUCAUCGCUUGAUGCCGGAAUUGGGUUGUACGGACAAAGUAUUGGACGUAAACCGGCCGCCGGCGUUGGCGGCGGCCGUGGAAAUGAUACCGGUGGAGGAGACAGAAGACAAGUCUCCAAACAGUACGGUAACGUCUUUCCAAAUGGAUUUUGGGGUCAGAAAUGGAGGAGGAAGAGGAAGAACAAGAAGCAAGAGAUCAUCAGACAUGGAAAUGGAGACGGAAAGAUCGUCGUCAAGAAACAGCGACGAUGAAGAAAACGCGUCUGCUCGGAAAAAGCUCCGACUUUCUAAAGAACAAUCCGCUUUUCUUGAACAAAGCUUCAAACAACAUAGCACCCUCAAUCCUAAGCAGAAGGCAGCACUAGCCAAGCAGCUAAAUCUCCGACCAAGACAAGUGGAAGUUUGGUUUCAAAACCGAAGAGCAAG